GCGUAUCGCGAUUUAAACACAAUUCAAUGCCAAAAGCAGCAAUGUUGAUUAGAACACCGCCAUUGGCCAGGUAUCGGGCAGGUGAAGCCAGGUGAGGCCAGUCCGGACCGGACUGGAUGGGAGGUGGUAGAGAAGCAACCGAGGAGGAAGGUAGGGAGCGAAAGUGAGCGCGUCUCCAAGAAUGGGCAAGAAGGCGCGGUGACUGCUGCGAAACGGUGACAGAAAACCUCGCGGUGGGCGACGAUAGAGUCUCCGGGGUCUCGGCGGAUCGCCGUUUCGAUCGGAUCUCCCCUCGAUCGUCCGUCGGUCGCGAAAAGCGCGGACAGCGAGGCGCGGUGGCGGAAUGCGCCGCCGUUGAGGAAAUCGCGACGACGAGGUGUCUCGUGGUAUCGUAGCUGGUACCAGUAACCAGUCCGCCAGCACGCCCCGCAGAAAGAGGGAGAUCGCGAGGGACGGAGAGAGAGAAAGAGAGACGCGUGCGUGCCGUGUUACGAACGUGUUGCUGAUGCGAUGCAAGCCAGUGAUUCUCACCUCGGCGUCGCGAGGUAACGCGUGGAAGAAGAAGGCUGCUCCUGCGCGCACCUCGACGUGUAUUCAGUGAGCGUGAAGCCGCGGUGACGUAAACGUGCCCGCACGAACCGUCCUUCUCUCCGUCCGCGAGACGCGUAACGCGGAGUAUUCCCUACUUCGGCGGCGAGAUGACGAGGAAACUCAGCAAGUUCUUGAUACUUUUCGAUAACACGAAUCUACUGUACUUUCCGGGCCACUUCUUGUCCGGCCGUGUUCUCAUAGAGCUGGACGACGAAGCUUACGUCUCGGGACUGCAUUUCCAUGUUGUGGGAGAAGGUGUAGUCCGGGUACGCAGUCAGCGUGCCGAGAGAGUUUACGACAAAGAGAAUUACAUCGAUUUUCGCAUGCGGCUGCUGGGCGAAGGACCGUCAUUGCUAUCUCCCGGAAUACAUAGCUUUCCCUUCAAAUUGGGGUUGCCGUUGGGUCUGCCCUCCACUUUUCUCGGAAAACACGGAUGGGUGCAAUACUACUGUAAGGCGGCUCUUCGCGAGCCGGGUGGACUCACUCACAAAAACCAGCAGGUCUUCAUCGUCAUGAAUCCGAUCGACUUGAAUCUGGAACCUCCGAUAUUAGCGCAACCGGCGAGACAGGAGAUUGAACAGCGCGUGGGUGUCUCCUGCGUCUCGGGCGGUCCUGUAUUCUGCCGAGUGAGCCUGGAUCGGGGUGGAUACGUACCCGGGGAAACGAUCGGUAUUUCUGCGACUGUCAGCAAUCGCAGUAAGGUGACGAUGAAGUCGACCAAGGCGUCGCUCACCGAGACGAUACAGUACCUGUGUCGGGGUAAAGUGCUCGCCAGCGAGACUCGCGAGCUGGCCAGCGUUUCCAGGGGGAAGAUUCGACCGGGCGAGGGCGAGGAGUGGCUCAACGAACAAAUGUACGUCCCACCCUUGCCGCCGACGAAUCUGAGAGGGUGCCACUUGAUCAACGUUCUUUACCACGUUUACUUCGUCAUAAGCCCGAAGAGCUUGGACAAAGAAAUCAAGUUACAAAUACCGAUCGUGCUGGCCACGUACCCCUUGAGGCCGGAGAGCGCGCCAGCUGGUACAGCGCCGUCCAAACGGGGCGCCCAUUAUCCAUCGACGCUACCAAUCUUCCGACCUUGGCUCGACGACAAGGCCUUCGAAAUACAAGAGUGAAAGCUCAACGUAUCUAUUAUUGGAUUAUUACAAAAUUAGUGUCUUCGUAACAAGGUACCAAUUUUCGAUGAUCGCGGCUGCGCCCUUAUGAUCAUUCCGUCAAAAAUCUUCAUCGAUUCUUGUAUUGCUAGUCACAGCAACGCUUACAUAAAAUUUUGAAGAAUCGAUGGCGAUCUUUGAAGAUAUCUGGUGCAAUUACAUGUAGCUGCUAAAAGAAUUUAAUGUACAUUAAAUCUUACAAGUACUGACAAUACGCUAACUCAGUUAAUCGCGUGUUCAUUUCAUAAAGAAACAGAUGUAUAAAUUGUAUAAUAUUGUAUAAUAUAAAAUAAUUGCAUAACCCCUUUUGCGCCAAGCUCUGUGCGGCAAAAGUAAGGAUAGGACCAACUAAAAAUACAUAUUUAUAAGGAACUAUA